UGUGUGUGUGUGUGUGUGUGUGUGUGUGUGUGUUGUGCUCCAGAUAACUACUCGGAGGAGGAGUAUGAGAGUUUCUCUUCAGAGCAGGAAGCCAGCGACGACGCUGUUCAGGGUCAGGACCUGGAGGAUGAUGAGUAUGAGGUGAGGAAGCCUAAGAAGCAGAGAAGGUCCAUCGUAAGAACUGCUUCAAUCACCAGGCAGCAGAACUUUAAACAGAGAGUUGUGGCUCUGCUGAAGAGAUUUAGAGUCUCAGACGAGGUGUUGGACUCAGAGCAGGACCCGGCAGAACCCCCUCCAGAGGUAGAGGAGGAUCUGGACCUGGAGAGUCUGGACCUAGAGAACCCCAGUGACAGUGGACCGGAACUAGACGAUGACGACAGUGUCCUCAGCACCCCGAAACCCAAGCUGAAGCCAUAUUUCGAGGGCAUUUCUCUCUCCAGUUCUCAGACAGAGAUCGGCAUCCACACCAGCCCGGUGGAACCAGACCCGACUGAGAGCAGCGGGGCCACGUUCCAGGUCGACAGUGUCUCAGAGAAGGGCUCAUAUGAAGAGCAACCUGAGGCAGUGACCCCCACCACAGAGCUGGAGAUGGAUAACAUGGACACCUUCCUGGAGAAGCUGCCCCCUACUGGCAAGAUGAAGAAGACCGAGUCCCUCAUCAUCCCUUCCAACAGAUGGCAGGAACCUAAGUUGGCGGGGAGGAGAGGGAGGAGUACAUCCCUAAAGGAGCGCCAGCCCAACAGACCACAGAACGAGAGAGCCAACAGCCUGGAUAACGAACGCUCCCUCGACACACACUGCCAUCUACAGAUCCCCAGGAAGACUGUGUAUGACCAGCUGAACCACAUCCUGGUGUCUGACCACCAGCUACCUGACAGCAUCAUCCUCAUCAACACAUCUGAUUGGCAGGGCCAGUAUCUGUCAGACGUUCUCCAGAACCAGCACCUCCCGGUGGUGUGUACCUGUACUACAGCAGACAUCCAGGCCGCCUUCAACACCAUCGUCUCACGCAUACAGAGAUUCUGUAACUGCAACAGCCAGACGCCCAUCCCCAUAAAGAUAGCUGUGGCUGGGGCUCAACACUAUCUCGGUGCAGUCCUCAGGCUGUUUGUAGACCACCUCUCUUACAAGACCCCUGAUUGGCUGGGCUACAUGAGGUUCCUCAUCAUACCACUAGGAUCUCACCCAGUCUCCAAGUACCUGGGUACCAUCGACUAUCGAUACAACAGUUUAUUCCAGGACACUGCGUGGAGGGACCUGUUUCACACACACGACGCUCCAGUCAUAGUGCAGGAGAGUCCAGAUGUGGUUUCCAGGGUAACCCAGUAUAUGGUCGGGGCCAACGGAGUUCACCAGCUCCCCAUCGCUGAGGCCAUGCUCACAUACAAACAGAAGAGCCCGGACGAGGACUCUUGUCAGAAGUUCAUCCCCUUUGUCGGGAUGGUGAAAGUUGGACUGGUGGAACAAUCAUCAGCAACAUCAGGUGACUCGGACGAUGCAGCUCCCAUGGCGACAGCCCUUCUCUCCUUCACCCCUCCUCAGGUGUCCCCCGCCCUGAAGGAAGCCACGCCCACCCCUCCCUCCUCCCCCUCUGUCAACUCAAGCUUCAGCUCAUACAGUUCUCCCCAAGGGGAGCUGAUGGGACUACAGGUGGACUACUGGGUGGCUCCCUCCCCGGCUGACAGGAAGAGAGACGUGGAGAAAAGGGACUCGUCCUCCUCCAAGAACACUCUGAAGUGUACGUUCCGCUCGCUGCAGGUCAGCAGGCUCCCCCAGGCCGGGGCCCAGCCACAGCCCGCCAUGUCCAUGACCGUGGUCAUGAAGGAGAAGAACAAGAAGGUGAUAUUCCUGCCAAAGAAGACUAAAGACAAGGAUGUGGAGUCUAAGAGCCAGGUGAUCGAUGGCAUCAGUCGACUGAUCUGCACUGCCAAGCACCAGCAGACCAUGCUGAGGGUGCUGAUCGACGGCGUUGAGUGGAAUGACGUUAAGUUUUUCCAGUUGGCGGCACAGUGGUCGUCUCACGUCAAACAUUUCCCCAUCGGGAUCUUCGGACACAGUAAAGGGCCUUACUGACAAGCGGCGCGUUGCCAUAGUAGCGGGCCCCGUUACCAUACAGACUCAUCUGGAACGGAGGACAGCGUCCCCUCCCUCAUGUGCCAAUAGCUUUUAUAAUAGCCAAACCCCCUCCCGCCCAUCUUAGACUGGUCCCAGAUCUGUCUGUGCUCUUUCCAACUCCUAUGGUCAUUGUCAAACCCAACGUUGGCACGGCAGCACAAACCGAUCUGGGACCAGGCAACACACAUCAGCCCGCGCCACUGUCUUAAUUUAAGCCCCAGAUGUACCUAUUGUUUAUACUUCUGUGUUUGUUGUUGUGUUUAUUUUAAAAGUUACCAAGGCGUUGGCUGUCAUAAGGAGAUUUGUUUCUCACCAAAUUUUUUUUUUUAAAUCCUGCUGAUUUUCUAUACACUUUUGAAGAAGAAAAAGACGAGCGGAAACCUAAUUAAAUAAAUAGUUUGGAAAAACUCCUCUAUAACUAGCGAUGCGUAACAUUGCGGCACCCUCCCUCCCGCUCUUUGCUUUUUUUAAUGUGGCAAAGAUAGAUGGUUUCAAACACUUUGCCAGGCACAAUUUAACAAGAUACGUCCUAGUCAAGAUCACUUUGUGACCAAAAGGCCCUGAAACAAUGGAAGAUGGACAACACAUAAAAGAAGAAGUGGUCUGGAUCCUGGACUGAAACCAUUCUAGAACACCCGAGUCCUGGGGUGUAUUCAUUAGGAACCAAACAGAAGCAAACAUAAUGGGAAACAGGAAAGGAACCUACCUGAAUUUGUCCAAAAUAAAACUUUUCUGUUGCUAAACGUUUUCCCGUUGCACUGCGGGUUUGCUACACUGUGCACUAAUGAAUACUCCCCUAAGGACAGUGACUCCUGUUGUUGUAGCAGGUCACUGAGACCCUUCUGCACUCAUCGGAAGAAGACUGACAUGUACAAUAGACUUACUGUAGCCUGAAAUACAGACCUGUUCUGUGCCAUUAUUCCACUCUCUUUUUCCCUUCUUUUUAAAACUCUGUGUCAUAUGUUUGGAAAUGACAAGGAGUGGAAUGACGGCACAAACAGACUGGUACCCAGGCUACAAUGUGCUGUAUAUGUCCCGUACAUCCAAUCAAUUAUAUGUAAACACAAAUCAUAAUUGAGAUGGAACUGACCCUGCACUAACUAAUGGUUGGUGCAUCUCUCUCUCACUUUCUUUUUCACCUUCCCUUCUUUUGAAAGGGAGCCGUGGGUGUGUCACCAGCAGAGAUAACAUAUCAUCGGUCCCGUCCUCGUACCCUACAUCUCUUUAUCUCACAGCAACCACACGUCUUCUAGGCUGAAUACCAGACAGACUGCAGCUCACUCAUUACCUGCGACCGGAGCCCACGUGUUGCUAGAGAGUUUAGGAACAUUGACGGUUCUGCCGUUGGCGCAUUUUACAUGACACGUCAACGUUCUAUAGCAGCCAUGUUAGCUCCCCCGUUUAGCGUUACACACGGAAUAUUUAAAUCAUGCUGUGUAACUGAAUGUGUAGGAUUAGAACAAUAUUCCACAUUGUAAAACCCCAGCUUCUCUAAACGCAGUACAUUUGGACCUCUUGACUUUUUCCACUUUUUUUUGUUUGUUAGGUUACAACCUUAUUCCUUCAAUUUCAUGGCUUGUUUUUGCUCUGACAGGCCCUGUCAACUUGUGGGACCUUAUAUAGACAGGUGUGUGCCUUUCCAAAUCAUGUCCAAUUAAUUGAAUUUACCACAGGUGGACUCCAAUCAAGUUGUAGAAACGUCUCAAGGAUGACCAAUGGAAAUAGGAUGCACCUGAGCUCAACUUAGAGUCUCAUAGCAAAGGGUCUGAAUACUUAUUUACAUAAGGUAUCUGUUUUUACAUUUUUAUAAAUUAGCAAAACAUUUAUAAAAAACAACAUUUUUAAAACUGUUCUCGCUUUGUCAUUAUGGGUUAUUGUGUGUAGAUUGCUGAGUAUUUUUAUUUAUUUAAGGCUGUAACGUAACAAAAUGUGGAAAAAGUCAAGGGGUCUGAAUACUUUCCGAAGGCACUGUAUAUGACUCUGUUUAGUUUGCUACUUACCUGCGCCUUAUGAUAAUCUACUACUACUACUACUACUACUACUACUACUACUACUACUACAUAAUGAAAGAAGAUGGGGUGGGACUACGUGAACUUGUCCAAUAAGAAACUUGUUCGCAACCGUGUACCACUAAUGAAUACACCACUGAUGCCAACUAGCUGUAGCUCACAAAGGCACAUAGACAGGCAUUGUAAUCUGUCAUAUUUCUGAGCUGAACAGACAUUUAAAAAAAGAAAGUAUGGCUAAUUUAAAUGUGUGCAUUAAAGCCAUACAAUACAACUGCACUACAUUGUUGUGUAAGAUCAGAUCGUCCUUAUUUUUGCUUGAUCUCUCAGAUUACACUCUGUAAAACACUGGUGCUAUUUAAAUUCUUAUUUAAAAACACUUCUAAAAACAGCCAGGCGCCCUAAUAUUACAGAAGUUAGAGAAGCUUUACACUAUAGCAACCAAAUGACUCCUUAUCUAUUGAAGUAUCAUCAACCAAUCCUUAUGUCUAAAAAAAAAAAAAAAAAAAUGUUACUAGUUAUUACAAUCCUUGGUGAUAUUUUGUCAAAACACUUUGAAAUACAUUAAAGCCUACUGUUGUAAUAGCUAUUUCAUUGUGUGCCUGAAAUGUAACCAUUACCAAGAUUAUUUCUUCUUGACGUACAGAAGCUUCCCCCGUUUUGAUACAUCGAAGAAAUAGUUACCCAGGCUUGGAAGUGUGGCUGUAAUACACUGAACUAAAUAUCUUUUUAAUAGGUUGGAGGCAUGGGUCGUUAGAGGGAGUACAGAUAUACAUAUGCCAGUCAUUUCCUUUUCCAAUUCAUGAAUGGAAGUGAACAAGUGCACAUUUCUGGAGAAAGGAGAUAUUGGGAUGCACACCUUGCUCCCCUCACAGUGGGGUAAAUCAAUUGCCUUGUGAAGCCUCAAAGGCUUCAUGUUGAACUGGCAACACUUGUAUUUCUUUCUUUGGCAAAAAGUAUUUAAGUUGUGUUAUAAAUAUGGUCCUGUUUUUAUCUUGGGGAAAAUGGUUUGUAAUGAAUGGAAGGUUCCCCUAUUAAAAUUGUUUUUUAUUUAAAGACUACCACUGUAAUCCCAAUGUCGGGAAUAAAAAAACUAGACUAAAA